CUCUGAACGCGGAGGCGGGGAAGUGGGCGGACUUACGCCUGCUCUCAGCUCGCGUCUUGCUCUUGGGAGAAUCAUGGCUACUUCGCUGCUGCUGCUGUCAUUAUCUUGGCCGGUGCGGCCCGGACCGCUCCAGAGGUGCUGGGAGCUGCUGCAACGGCAACUGCAGCAGAGCUGGAGUCGCUUUGCCAGUCCACACUGGGCACCAGCAUUAGCAGUCCCAAGUCCAUCCAUCCUCACAGAACCAGGACAUGAUACCAGUGAAAAUGAAGAGAAUUCCAGCUUUUUAGGUAGUAUCUUUUGGAUGGCAGCUCCCAAGAACAGACGCACCAUUGAAGUUAACAGAUGUAGGAGAAGAAACCCUCGCAAGCUUAUUAAAAUUAAGAACAAUAUAGACAUGUGUCCUGAAUGUGGUCAUCUGAAGCAGAAACAUGUCCUUUGUGGCUAUUGCUAUGAGAAAGUAUGCCAAGAGACAACAAAAAUCAGACAACAAAUAUGGGCUCAAGAAGGGGGUCCUUUCAAAACUCCUUCCGUUGAGACUGUGGUACUGUACACAGGAGAGAAACCAUCAGAAAAGGAUCAGGGCAAGAGGAUUGUUGAAAGAAACAUAAAGAGGCCAUCUUGGUUCACCCAGAAUUGAACUAAAAAAUGUUCAAAGGAUAAUUUCAUGUUAGGCAGUUAUUUAAAAUCAGGUGUCUUCAUUUUCAUGUUGUGCCUGUUUUUCAAAUUAUCAAUGGAUUUUGUUAGCUAUUCCUUUUAAAUGAGGUCAUUUGAAGACUGUAUCAUGAAUAAACUCAGCAUGUUUAUAUAAAGGC